AAUCGGUUUGAUUAGAACAGUAGUAUCCAUAGUAGUCACCUUCAUCUCCAAUUCAAUUUCAAUAUUGAAACCCUAGAAUUUCAAUUUCAAUUCCAAUUCCAAUUCAAACCCAAAUCACCUCAAACUUCAACAAUCAUAGUAGUCGUACAUACAUACAUACAUACAAUGUUAAAUCUCAGGUUCCUUUGUUUUUCUUGAGAUGGUUCCUACUAUAUUUCUGAUACAAAGUGCUUCGAAAUGCAAUUAGCUAUAAAUGAUAGUCAUAAUGAAGAGAUUUCAGAACGUGAGCCCAUCUUAGGCCAAUCUGAGAGCUUGCACAGAUCGGUAGGAUCAUCCUCUUCGUCCUCCUGUGAAAUCAUAACUGUUGAAGGGGAUCAUGCUAUCGCCGAUGAAGAUGGGAUAAAUGUUCGAGUUGAAGAGAACUGUCAACUGGUGAAUGCUGAUCUACCACAGUGCCGUAUAUGCCUUGAUUCCGGAGGGGAAGACUUGAUUGCUCCUUGUCACUGCAAAGGUACCCAGAAAUAUGUCCAUAGAUCAUGUCUUGACAAUUGGAGGUCCACAAAGGAGGGUUUUGCCUUUGCUCAUUGUACCGAAUGCAGGGCAAUGUUCUUGUUACGUGCAAAUGUUCCUGCAGAUCGCUGGUGGUUGAGAUUAAAAUUCCAAUUUCUUGUUGCUAGAGAUCAUGCAUUCAUUUUCAUUAUUGUUCAACUGAUUGUGGCAUUCUUAGGAGUGCUGGUUUAUAACUUUUAUGGGGAAGAACUUAGGGAGAUGUUUGGUUAUGAAGAACACCCAUAUGGAUUUUAUACAAUGGCCGUUUUAGCAAUUGUUUUGGUGGGUUUGCUCUACGGUUUCUUUAUAGCCAUAAUAUGUGGACAAAGGAUCAGCGAACGCCAUUACCAUGUUCUUGCUAAACAAGAACUAACAAAGGAAUAUGUGGUAGAAGAUCGAGAAGGUAAUAAGAAUGUUCCCGAACUUGAUCCCAGUCAUGUGACGGAGCUGAGGAUGUUGGGCCUCUUUUAGUUUGGGAGUCCCAUUGUCUGGAAGUUUUUAGCUUAUCUAUUCAGAAAUGUUAAUCAUGUCUUCGUCACCACAUUCUCGAGGAUCAUGUACAUGUUCGAUACAGAGUUGCAGUUUCGAUUUCGAACACAUUUUUCUUUGGUUGCUUGCCUCUCCAGUAUUCGCUCCCAUAAUUUUUUAUUUUAUUUUUAAAUUUCCAAGUUGUCAAAAUAUUUAUCACCAAAAUGUUGUUUGGAGUAAAUAAAUUGUUUAGUUUGUGAGUUUGAGUCCAGCAUUUGUACAGCUCAUUUGUUUGUUUGUUUGUUUGUUUGUAUCCCAAAAGGAAGAUUGAAACUAUAAAAGCAAAGUUUGUGUGGCCAUUUCUUAUA